GCAAAAGAUGGCCGCGUCCGUGGAGGAGGCUCAUACGGCGGUUCGGAGCGGGUUGACGACGGUCUUCGUGAGGAAUUUGCCGACUUCGGCUAACAACGAGCGGCUAGAGGAGAUUUACAGCGAGUUAGGGCCGGUGAAACGCUGUUUCGUGGUGAAAGAGAAAGGUAGUCAGACUUGUCGUGGUUUUGGAUAUGUGACUUUUGCUCUCCCAGAUGAUGCUAAGAAAGCUCUCAAAGAAGUCAGGUUCUAUGAUGGCCAGAAACUCUUUGCAUCUCUUGCUAAGAAGAAACUUCUGGGCAAGAAAGAGGCCCCCAAGGAAGCUUAUAAAGUGAAUACAGAACAGAAAACACAGAAGAAACUGCAGAGAAAAGCAAGAUUGAUUGUUCGAAACCUGAGCUUUAAGUGUUCAGCAGAUGAUUUGAAAGGUAUUUUCUCACAGUAUGGUGCUGUGCUGGAAGUGAACAUCCCUACUAAAGAUGGGAAGAUGCGAGGGUUUGCAUUUGUUCAGUUCAAGAAUGUCCUGGAAGCUGGGAAGGCCUUAAAGGGAAUGAACCUGAAAAAAAUUAAAGGUCGUCCUAUAGCAGUGGACUGGGCAGUGGCAAAAGACAAGUACAGAGUGAUUGUGGGUACUGCCAAUGCAGGAGCUGAUAAUAAAGAAGCAGAUGUAUUUCAUGAAGAGAACAAAGAAGAGGAUGGUGAAAGAUCAGGCAUCCACAAAGACACGGAACCCACCAAGCAGCAGAAAACGGCCCCCAGGAAAAGAUCAGUGAUGGAGGAGGUGGAUGAGGAAGUCAUGGCAUCAGAUGAUGAAAUGGGAAUUUCAGACACUGAACAUGAUGACGACGAUGGUGAUGAUGAUGACGAUGAUGGUGAUGAUGAUGAUAAUGAUGAUGAUGACAUUGAUGGUGAUGAUGACGAUGAUGGUGAUGAUGAUGACGAUAAUAAAAAUUCAGAGGAUAGUGAUUUGGAUUCAGAAGAAGAAAAUAGUAAAAAGCCUGGGAAGAAAAAGAAGUUGAGCAAGUCCAGACUUCCAGUGGAUGUCCAUGAAGGACGGACAGUUUUCAUCAGGAACCUGUCUUUUGACACUGAGGAAGAUUCUUUGGGAGAGCUAUUGGAGCAGUUUGGAGAUCUGAAAUAUGUUCGUAUUGUCAUGCAUCAUGACACAGAGCACUCCAAAGGUUGUGCCUUUGCCCAGUUUGUGGCAAAAGAAUCAGCACAGAAGUGUGUCGAGGUGGCAGACAACCAGAGUGAGAGCGAAGGUCUCAGGCUGGAUGGGCGGAAGCUCAAUGUGAGCAUUGCAGUCAGUCGUGAAGAAGCAAAGAAAUUGUGCCAGAAGAAAUCGGACAAGCCGUCUGGAACUCGUAAUUUAUACCUGGCUCGAGAGGGCUUGAUUCGAGCCGGAAUGAAAUCAGCCGAGGGCAUGAGUGCCUCAGAUAUGUCCAAGAGAACACGGUUUGAGGAGCUGAAGCGGCAGAAGCUGAAGGACGUGAAUAUCUUCGUCUCACCCACGAGGCUGUGCAUCCACAACAUUCCAAAGUCAGUGACUGACAAGCAGCUUCGGAAACUUUGUUUGCAAGUUGUCGGUAUGAAGGAAGCACGGAUAAAGGAGUGUCGUAUAAUGCGAGACCUGCAGAUGGCAAAAACAAAAAAGGAUGGACGGUCUCUGGGCUAUGGAUUUGUAGAAUUUAUGGAGCACAGCCAUUCCUUGGCAACCCUGCGCUACCUGAACAAUAACCCAGAAAUCUUUGGGGCAGAGAAGAGACCAAUUGUGGAAUUCUCAUUGGAGGAUCGCAGGAAGCUGAAGGUCAAGGAGAUGCGGGCACUAAACAAUAAGAAGGCACAGAAACUUAAAGCAGGGACUCCAGCCGAGUCCGGGAAACCCACUAAAUCUCCAAGUCAUCAACCACAGCAUGAAUUCCUGGAGAGCUCACAAGGCAGGAAAAUGUGGUCUGGAUUUUACACCAAGCCCGAGGUAGAGGUGGAGGAACUGGCCAAUGGCAAGAAACGGAAGAAGGUGUUGCCUUUACCAUCGCAUCGAGGCCCCAAAAUACGAUUGCGGGAUAGAGGAAAGUUAACACAAACCAAGCCCAAGAAGAUGAAAACGCAGCAGAACCGAGCGAAGAAGGUGAAGGUGGCAUCCGUGGCAAAGCAGGUUCAAGGGACCAAGAAAAGUAAACAAACGAAGGAAGACUUGAAAUUUAAUUCCCUGGUUGAGCAGUACAAGAAGACACUGCUGGGUGCAUCCAAAGCCAGCUGCCCUGUCAAGAAAAGCAAAUGGUUUCAGGACUAAAGUGGAAGAGAGGAAGCCUUGAAUGUGGGGUCGAUCCUGACUGAGACCGUAAUAAGAUGCUUUAGAUACCAAGAUUUAGGACCCCUCAUAACAUUCGUCUUUGACUGCACACUGACCAUCAGCGUUGUACUCAAGACUCUUCAUGGAAGCUCUUUUUCAAAGGAGUUAUUUUUUUCUGCUGAAUAUUGCCAAAGACUGAAGUGCAACUGGUGGAAAGGAAACACUGUGCUCGGUGCUUGACCUGUGUUUGUCAGGGCACAUGUGUUUAACUGUCGAAGGUCUUCUGAACUCCUUUCCACCAAUCAGCUAUCAGAUUACUAAUGGUGCAGGAGGGAUAUUCCUGGAAUUGAAACCUUAUCUCUUUACUUUAAUGUGAACAUGAGUGAGGAAAAUAGCAACUCCCAAAUGGUAAAUUUAGGUCAAAUAGUCUAUGGGGGAAAUGGAACAGUCGACAUUUUGUGUUGGGACACUUCCUGUGCACUGAAAGAUAGAGGAGAGAUGGCCAGUAUAAACAGGUGAAGGGAAGGGGGGGGGGGGGCAGAAGAGCAAAUAUGCAAUAGAACAGAUGGAUGGCAGGUCAGGGUGAAUGUGUGGCAGCAGAGCAGCGGAAAUCACAGAGGGGAACAGUGAGAGAGGAUCUCACAGAACUCCCAGCAAAGAGAGAAAACCUCACAGUGGGAACACCUUAAAAAUUCCUUGCAGUGGAGAAGCAAAGAGGAGACACGAAACUCCAGAUGCUGGAAGAAGUCAGUGGGUCAGAUAGCAUCGAUGGAGGGAAAUGGACAGUCGAUAUUUCAGGUCGGGACACUCCAUGUGGAUUAUUUCCCCUCACAGCUGCUGUAAAAUUGCUGAUUGAAGCUCCUUGAUGGAUUCUCCUUUGGUCAUUUUUUACUUCUCGUUCUUGGCCUGGCCAUUUUGUAAUUUACCUGAAUCAAAGCGAGGUACGCAGAAUAUAGACAAUCUUUCCAUGUGCUGCCCUUUUCAAAAAAUCCUUGGAUAGGAGAUAGUGAUUGUUUAUAUUACCUUUAUAAUCCUUCUCUUGUUUACAACCUUAUAAAUCUCUCACUGCUUGCCUUACUAAUUUAUAAUCUUCUGCUUCAACUGUGUAACAUCUUUGGCCUUCGAUCUGUUCUUCCUGAUUGUCACAUUUUAUGUACCAUUUAUCCAAUAACUCCAUGCUGUGCAAAGUCUCAACCAUAUAAAAUGCCUCUUUAAGCCAAAUGGGAAAAGAACCAGAGGUGAGCUGAGAAUUUUUCUUUCACACAGCAGGAAAAGGUGGAGAAAAAUUUAAAAAUAACUAAAAAAGGGGAACUUGAUACGUACUUGGAGAAAACAAUUACAGAGCUCUUGGGAAAACACAGGAGUUAUGAUAACUCUUCCAAUGCAUCAAUGCAGACACAAUGGACAAAAUGGUAACCUUGUCUUAUUCCAUUCUUUUUAUUUUGUUCAAUUCAAUUGAUAUUGGGACAAGACUGAAAUACUAUACCUUCCCUAUUCAAAGAGAAAGAUGACAUAAUCUGAUCAUUAUCAUGGUUCUGGCAUUUAUGGCUUUCAAAGUACUUACUAGCUAUUAGCACAUUGGGACAUUUGAAAGCAAUGUAAGUUGCCUUGUACAUGCACACAUUUGGUAUGUCAUUGGAACAGUAUAAAUUCUCCAGGAUCAUCUUCCAGGAGAGCUAGGAUGCAAAGGCUAGAAUUGUAAUCAGCAUAGUGGGAUUAACAGGGGCACAGGAGAUGAGAGUUGCCCAGAGCCGACAUUCUCUGGGUUAAAGACAGCAGCCAAAAGAGCGCUGAAGGAUUGCAUGCAAGAACAAUAUAGGUAAUUAAACUGAGGUUUGUAAAGUUGCUUCACACCCUACAGGGCAGUGACUUGGAGUCAUUCCCACAGCAGCUGGUUCGUGUGAUGCGCCCUUCUCGCUAACCGCAGGAGACACACCUUUUGGUUUUAAUCAGGCAUUUCAAAGCAUAUCAAAUUCAUGAUGUGACAUACUUACAUCCCGCCUACAUCAUUGUGGGCUCCCCACACAGCCACUAAUUAAUUCAAUAGCACCAAUGUUUAUUAUUUGAUUUUUACUAGAUUACUCAAUGGAGAACCCCAUUGUUAGACAAGGGCUCAGUCUAUAUUUACUUUGGCCUAAUUUUUAAGGUGCUGAGCCUGUCAGAACCUUGCCCCAAGAACAUGAAUUCACUUUAUAAAGUUGAGCAUUGAGCCUGCUAACAGAAGUACUGCAACUGGUCAUGGUGCACUGGGAUAGAGAAAGAGGCUCAAUCAGAACAAGAACUCGGGGUUCAAAUGGGAUGACUUUCAGCUGUGCUUCUUUUACACGUCAUGAACCACCUAUAAAAAGCUUAGUAAAAGUGUUCCAACUUUGUCUAAAUUCUGACAAUGAUAAUUUUGGAUCUGGUCUGAUAGAGUUAGACCAGAGGUGUGCGUAGCGUAGCGGUUAGUGUGAUGCUAUACAUCUUGGGGCAUCGAAGUUCAGAUUUCAAUUCCAGCUGCAUCUAUAAGCAGGUUUGUACAUUCCUCCCUGUGUGAGCAUCGGUUUCCUUCCACUGUCCAAAGAUAUGCCAGUUAAUAGGUUAAUUGUUUAUUGUAAAUUGUCCCAUGAUUAAGCUAAGGUUAAAUUGGUGGGUUGCUGAGUGGUGUGGCUCAGAGGGCAUAAUCAGCACUGUAUCGCUAAAUAAAAAUUAAAGUUGGAACAGCAUAAACAUAAUUAAAUUAGAGAAUAUGAUUUUCAGAUGCAUGCCAAUUCUCUUGCAUCGCCAAUGUCCAUUCUUCCCAAUAAUGUUGCAGUGUUGUUGAGGUCGAGCCGUUAUAUACUUCUUGUGAAGGUGCUGAUUGGAAAUAGGAGCAUGCCUCAGCCACCUUGCCCACCAAACCUGCUCUGCUGUUCAAUAAGAUCAUGGCUGAUCUGGUGUUGGACUCAGUUCACCUACCUGCCUUUUCCCCAUAAGCCUUAAUUCCCUGCUUUGCAAAAAUCUAGCAAUGUUUUACAUAUAUAUAUAUAUAUAUAUAUAUAUAUAUAUUUAAUGUUGCCCCCUACUGCUUCCCUGAGCAGAGAGCAGAAAACACAGUUUCUCGUCAUCUCCAUCCCAAAUAUACUCCCCUUAAUCUUGAAGCUAUGUCCUCGAGUUCAGUCUCACUCAUCAGUGGAAACAACUUUCCUGCCUCUAUCAAUUCCUUUCAUAAUUUUAUGUUUCGAUAAGAAGUUGUCAUUCUUCUGAGUUCAUAUGAGUAUAGUCCAAGGUGACUCAAUCUCUCUUCAUUGACUAACCACUUCAUGUCUGGAAUCAAUCUUGUGAACUUCCUCUGCACCUCCUCCAAAGUAAGUAUAUUCUUCCUCAAGGAGACCAGAAUUGUGCAAAAUAUUCCAGGUGUGGCCUCAUCCUGUACAGUUGCAGCAUAAUCUCAUGCUCUUAAAUUAAUUUCCUCUAGCAAAGAAGGACAAUGUUCUAUUUGCCACCUUGAUUAUUGGCUGCAUCUGCAAACCAACGUCUUGUGAUUCAUGCAUAGGCACUCCCAAGUCCCUCUGCAUAACAGAAUGCUGCAAUCUUUCACCGUUUAAAUAAUAAUCUAAUUGCCUAUUUUUCCUUCCAAACUGGAUGACCCCGCAUUUACAGAUGUACUCUGUAUGCCAGAUCUUUAUCCACUCACUUAUCUAUAUAUCUGCAGACUUUCCAUAUCCUCUGUACAAUUUGUUUCAUCUGGAAACUUAGAUACAAUAUACUUGGUUCCCCUCUUCCUAAUUGUUAAUCAAUAUUAUGAACAGUUGCGAGUCUAGUACUGUUUCCUGUGGCAAAGAUACACAUUUAUCCCAAGUCUCCUUCUAUUGGCUAACCAAUUCUCUAACCAUGUCAAUUCAUUAACUCCGGACUCCAUGCAUCCUAUUGGAAAAAUCUUUUAUAUGGCACCUUAUUGAAAGGCUUUUGGAAAUCCAAGCAUACAGCAUCCACCUGUUCCCCUUUAUCCACUGUGCUCAUUACAUCCUUUAUGAACUCCAGUAAGUUAUCAAAUGGGACCUGCUCCUAUGAGUCUCUCUUUCUCCUUUGAUGAACAUCUAUUUUGAUGAAUUUACCAUGCUCAUUUUUCACACGUUGAUGUGCUUAGACUUACUAUUUAGUAAAGGAUCUGUAAUGAGCAGAUGAUAGAACCAAAGAAAGUUUUGAAUAACAUAGAUAAUCGUUCCAUGUGUUGAAUGAUGCACUUUUCAAAACUCCCCAGAUUUAAAAGUCAUUGUUUAUUUCAUUAAUACUCUAUAAUCCUUUUCUGUCACAACCUUAAGAAGCUCUACUGCACACCUUAAGCAUUACUAGUUUGUAACAUUUCAUCUAAACUCUAACUUCUCUGCCCUACUGUCUCUUCUAACCUACUGUCACUUUAUUAAAAAAAACUUUUUCCAAUAGCCUCUUCCUUUUUGAAGUCUCAAAAAGUUUUAGGUUUGAAGCCCACACCAGAAUUAUGAGCAUAUUACUUUAGUCAACAGUAGGAGUGCUGCUAUGUUGCUGAAUGGCAGUCCAUUAAUUCAUUAAUUUGAGAUCCAGUCUGUCUUCUUGGUUGGAUGUAUUUGAAGAAGAAUUAGACCGAAUGUCCUGCAAAUAUUUAUACCCUUGCUAGUAACUUAUAACUGCUGACAGAACUUGUGUGCAAGUUGAUUGUUGAGGUUCCAACGUUGCAAGAGGCUGUACUUUUUUUUUGAUUGCAACUUGUGAUGUCAGUCAUGAAACUUGGUAAGUGAAAGGUAUUCCUUAUUACACCGACUUUUUUAACAUUACCAUCCUUUGUCUUCCUAUUCUUCCCCAACUCAUUAAAUUUGCAAAUUUUUCAUAUGUACUCUCAGUCCAUAGGUUGUUAGUAUUCAAGUCUGACCUUCCUAAACAUAAUUUUCUCUUUGGUAUUUUGAUGAGUUUGUUUGUACUUUAUGAUACAAUGCACUGCAAUCAGUUUUAGCAAAAUUUAUGUCUAUGGUAGGCCACAAUGAGUAUGUUAUCAAGGGACUUUGUGUAAGUGACCAGGAAUGCUUACAGCUUGUCACAAAAGUGUAAUAAAUUGUCAAUAAAUUGUAAUAAAUUCAUUUAAGUGAGAGGUAGGUUAUAAAGUUGGGUUUAGGCUUAAUUCAAGGAUCAAGACUCUAACCUCUAAAUUUUGGAAUAAAAACUUUAUAUCUAAAUUGUGCUGCACUUCUGUAGGAGACGUUACCUCAUGAGACUUGACAGACACACUGUUCACGAGUCAGUAUAGAGAGACCUUUUCAUUUGGCUUGUACAGUACCUAUUCUACAAGUUUUUGAUGGAAUUGUUUAGGCAAAACUACUCUUCAUCUCACCUGCUCAGAAUAUGUUUUAUGGAAAUGUGUAGUAGGAGAUUUACUCUGUAUGUAACUUGUGCUGUGGGAGAGUUUGAUGUUGCUGUUGGAUGCAUAGAGCAGGAAAAUAUUUCCAUUUACUCAAGAGUAGCAGCCCUCAUCUUGAACAGAUUCCAAUUCUCAUUUUUAUAUUUUGCCGUAUCCUUGGAAACCAAUGUAAGCACAUUUCCAACCCCCACCCUCCAGGCUCAGAGACGACAGAGUUUUUAAAACUCAUCAGUCAGUCACUGUGUCAACGUCAAGCUGAGUAUUUUAAAGGAUUUUGGUUUGAAAGCAAAGCACCUAAAACCAGUGAGUAAGGCGGAUAGGGACAGGUCAAAGAGCUCUGUAACCUGCAAUGUGACUGCUCAUGGUUUACUGAUGAUUCAUGCUCCCCACUCAUGGACCCAAAUCUCUGGUCCGUGAUGCAGAAGAUCAAACAUAAGUGAUGCUGGGCCAGUGGUGAAGGAUGUUCUUCCCGCAGGCAAAUAUUUUCAGAGUUAUGCUAGUCUCUGAGACAAAUUCAGUGGAUGGAGGCCAGCAAACACAGGAAAAAUUUAAUUGCUCUGACUUUUAACUGGUUCCUCUCCAAAACAUUGAGGUCAAAGUCUUGCAUGUCUCGUGAGUAAACUGUUUCUUGUUCAAGAAGUUUUAUAUGUAUGCUUACAUUGUAUCCUACUGCUCUCCCUUAUUUCUAUAUCGGCUUCAUGUUCUACAAUCUUAAGUCGUUCUGAAAAAUCCUUGCACACCUUAAUAUUAAUUAUUUGUUCUCCAGCAGCUCAGCCAUGUAUCUUCAUAUGAUAACAAUGCUCCUUGGAAUAUUCUGCUAUUUCUGGAUGUCACAUAAAUGCAGGCUAAUUUGCGAGAGUACAUUCUGUAGAUUAUAAUCCAACACUUGCUCUCUGUCAAUUUUGUGUAAGACCUCUAUGACCAAAGGUUUAAUUUAUUUUCAUUUUCUUUAAGAAACAUUAUUAUAAUUAAUAUAACAAUCUACCAUAUGCCUAAGAAAUACCUGAGUAGUUUGGUACUAAUCCCCAAAACUCCCAACCCCAGGCUCUUCCCAUGAGAAGAGCAGACUUCUGAACUAGAAAUCCAGGACUAAGAACUGACAGUUUAGUCCUUGAGCCUUUCCUACCAUGUCUGAGCUGUGGUCCAACUUAUGCCUUUGUAUUAUAUUCUGUACAACUUUCAAUGAAUAAAAAUGUAUCAAUUUAUUAAGUACAUGAAUGUUACCAUACAAAACUUUGAAAUACAUUUUCUUGCAGGCA